UAAACAAAACAAUUUUGAUGUCCGCAGAAUGAGCUUUUGUUGCAGUGUUGCUUUUGGAUAAAUAACGUGUUGAUGUUUCGAUGUAUUGGUGCUUUACGUCUUAAAAAUGACACUUCUUAAGUAUUUUCCGAUAGUCUUGCUCUUUUCUUGUCUAAUUUUGGAUUUUUCUACAGUUAAUAGUCUACAUUUGCCAGAUUCAUACAAAUCUAACCAUCAAGCUUAUGUAUCCUUUUCAUUUUCUUCUGAUGCUUCUAUACGAGGAAAACGAUCAACCGUUCUUAGUCUACCACGCAAACUAUCACCUAGAUUCGUAUUCCAGGAUGAACUAGUGAAUCUUGAUCUCUUUACAAACACAAAGCUGUUAGCACUGCCACCUAUCCAUAGAAACAUUAAUGGGAAAAUCACCAAAGAUGCAGAAAUAACUAAAUUACAACCAAGUGAAAGAUAUUAUCAAGAUUUGAACAGAGGCGCAUCAUUUCAUGUCGAAUGCCGGGAUCCAUGUAUUGAUUACUUAAUGACUGGAUCAUUCAUGCUGAGAGAAGAGACAUAUUUCGUAUCUCCAAUAAAUACCAUGAAUAAUACCACGUAUAGAAUCAUUCACCAAAUAACUAAACCAGAUCCGUUAAUGUCCUUUAAUGAUUUUAUUGUAGAAGGUAAUGUUUCUCACAAUAGCCGAGCAGAAGAUAACCAAAGGUUCAAAAGACAAACAUUUAGAUAUGCAAUAGAAAUAUUUCUAGUCAUAGAUUAUUCAGUUUUCAAAUUUUGGAUGGACGAAAGUGAACAGAAUAAAACAGUUGCUAUGGAUAGAAUUAACACAUAUUAUGCGUUCAUGAUCAAUGGGGUAGACAUACGGUACAAUAAUUUACCAAACGCACCAUUUUCAAUAGGAUUGACGUAUAUAGGUAUCUAUAUAUCCGAGACACAAAGUGAUUCAUACUGGACGGAAAACAGAAAGAUAACCCAACCUUCAGGUGAAAGUAGAAUAGAUCCUGAUACAACAUUAGCAAUAUUCAGCAGCUGGGUUCAACAGAAUUCACAAUCAUUAUCAAAUCCUGAUCAUACCAUGUUGUUCACAAAAUACCAACUUGUGCGAGGUGGGUCAACUAGUGCCAAUGGAGUUGCCUAUCUUGGUGCAAUGUGUUCCCCAUUAAGUCAGUCUCUCGUGCGAGACAAUUUUAAUUUCAUAUCACAAACUGUGGCAGCUCAUGAAUUAGGACAUAGUCUUGGUGCUAUUCAUGAUGGGGAUCAAAAUGUGUGCAAUAAAAGUGCUGCCUUCAUUAUGUCCGCUACUGGAAGUGCUAAGCUUGAUGAUACAGCCAGACAUCCGUGGAUUUUCUCAUCUUGCUCGGUUACAGAGAUACAGACAGUGAUGGAUAAACUCAAUAGUCAAGGACCAAAUUGUUUGCUGUCCACCACUUCAACGUCAGUUAUAGAUAUCUACCAGUACAUGUCAGACCCUAUAGGACAAGAUUUUACCAUAGAUAAACAAUGUCGUCUCAUAUUUGGUUCAACGUCAUAUGCUAGCAGGAAAGAAAUUAGACAACUUUAA